GGUUCCGUCACAAAAUUUUGUGUUCCUCCCUGCCAAAUUUGGUCUAAUUUUCAAAGGUUUCUCUCAUUGUAGCUCUGACAUGAAGGCCUCGCACAAAGUGGGUUGUAUCGCUUCUUAGUGUCAAAGAUUUUUAUCUAUGUCUAUAUAGAUCUGGGACAUGGAGAGCUUGUUUGAGGCUGCAGAAUCUCUCAGUUCCAUGGCAUUUCAAUCUUCGGACGUGCCCAGUUACAUGACAACGACUGAUGAUCAGCAUUUUCUCUUGCUAUUUAUCAUGGGUACAUACUUUGGACCUGAUAUUAAGGCUGAUAAGCCCAAAAAAUCAGCUCUGCAGAGGAUGGCGGAGCAACUUCCACCAUAUACUUCUGAUCAACUGGCUGGUUCUCAAAUAAAAACAGUAGAAGUAGAGCGGAUAUAUUACUAUGUGCUUAGGAAGGCAGAUCAAUCUGUUGUAGUGAGGUUACCAUUGUUGCAGCAGUUCUUCCAAGGUAAUCUCUUCAUUUCAGCAGGGGAUACCCGUACUGAUAGCCUUCAGUUUCCUGAUCUUUUUCCUGGUCAUUUGCAUCCCCACUCACGGUACAAAAAUCGAUAUAAAGUCAUCGAGAACAUUGUAUUCAUUAACGACCCAGAGAUCUCUUACAUUAAACCUGAUGAUGUAGAAAGGUUUAAGAGGCUAACUGGGCUUGAGGAUUUGCUGCUGGAUAGAGAUGCUGCAAGGUCACUUUCAGGUGUUCAUGUUGCUGGGCAUAUAGAUUCAACUGUGGUACUGCAGGAGUUUAAUGAAGGAUCGUCCCUCAGAAGGUCUUCUCGUAAUUCCCAGAAAAGGCAACGAGGGAAUGGCCAUCCUGAGCUUGAAGAGACCUUGUCACCCCUUCAUAAUGUGGAAAUUUUCAACAGCAUACCAUUUAGCACACCCCUGCCAUCCAGCAGUGGGGCAUCAUUUCCAACUGAAGUAAAAGCAAGGCUGGGGGGAAGUGUUGGCCCGGCCAUGAUCUUUCUUCCUUCUCAUCCGAGUAUGGAAGAGUGGAAUAACAUUGUAGCUGCUACUAAGAAUGGAAUUGCUUUGACAGGGAGUGCUGCUGAGAGGCAGGCUGGACCACUUAUUGGACUUGUGGACAUCGGUGUCUGUGAUGAUGCAUAUUUAUUUCGUAUAUCCCUCCCAGGUGUAAGAAAAGUUGAAAGGGAAUUCAGUUGUGAAGUUGAAGCGGAUGGGCAAGUCCUGAUAAAGGGUGUAACUACAACAGGGGAGAAAUUGGUGUUCAAGGACACACAGGUUUUUGAGAUGCAAACACAGUAUCUUUGUCCAUCAGGAUCCUUCUCUGUCUCAUUCAAGCUGCCAGGACCAGUAGAACCUCGAGAAUUUUCUGGUAAUUUUGGAGCUGAUGGGAUUCUGGAGGGGAUUGUGAUGAAAGAGCGAUCACAGACACAAAGACUCUAAAUUGUUUGUCAUAGAUCAGGUUGGCUCGGGCUCAGGCAAGUUUCUUGAGCUGUUGUUUUGUGGUGGUCGUGGGUUCAAUUUUUGCCAAAGGAGUAGGUCAUCUGAAGCUCAAUUUUGGUGCUCAAGUUAUGUAAUAUCCCAGGCCAGAAAAA